AUGAAGCGCGGGAGACCGAGCCCCGGGGGCGCGGGAAAGUCCGGGGGCGGUACGGCGAAGAGCAAGCCCAUCACGUCCUUCUUCUUCAAGGCUCCACCCAAGGCGCCCGCCGGUGGAGGAGCGUCGGCUGGUGCACCUUCCGAUGGUGCGCCCGACGCGUCACCGUCCACCGCCACCGCCGAGGCCACGCCGGCCGCCAAGCGCCGCCGCGAGGACGAAGGCGCCGACGAUGCGAACGCCGUCGAUACCAGCGAGACGCCGGAUCCGCGGACAGCCGUGAAGGCGUCCACGGAUGCGGCGAUUCCCCGCAUGUCCGCGGAGGAGAUGCUCGAAGCCAUCGGGCCUUCGGACCCCGACAGGCACGCGGCGUUCGUGGAGAAGCUGGGACGGAGAUUCAUCCCGAGGGAGGGAGGGCGCGUGUACGAGCGAGCGGGCGUGGAAGCAGAGGACGGAGAUCCGCGGGGCGACGAACGAGGAGAGGGCGACGAACGACGACGCGCGGACGAGGACGCCGGCCAGGACGACGCGGAUGAAGGAGGCGCGAGGAGGCGGCGGGCCGGCAAGGUCGCGACGAGCAAGGCGUCGGCGAGCGUCAAGCUGACGCCGCUCGAGGAGCAGGUCAAGAAAUGCAAAGCCGACCACCCCGGGGUCCUCCUGCUCAUAGAGGUCGGGUACAAGUUCCACUUCUACGGCGAGGACGCGGAGAUUGCGUCUAAAGUGCUGAACAUAUUCGCGUACCAUCCGAAGGACCGGCUCUACCUCACCGCGUCCGUGCCCGUGCCCAGGCUCCACAUAUACGUCAGGCGGCUCGUCGACGCCGGUCACAAGGUGGGCGUGAUCCGUCAGACGGAGACGGCCGCGCUGAAAGCGGCGGGGGAGACGGAGGGGGGUAAAUCCGGGGUGUUUGAGCGAAGACUCGUCGGCCUCUACACCCGGAGCACGCUCGAAGCGGGAGUGGCCAUCGCCUCGGAGACUUCGACGAACGACGAGGGCGAGAGCGCGGCGGCGCAGGACGGGAGGACGUCCGCGUACCUGCUCUGCGUCGCGGAGAGACCGGGAGACGAGAACGACGACGGUUCAGAUCGCGGGACGCGAAUAGGCGUCGCGGCGAUUGACGCGAGCACCGGCGACGUGCGACACGACGAGUUUGUCGACACCCGGAUGCGACCCGGUCUGGAGGCCAGGCUCAUCCUGACCUCGCCGCAGGAGGUGCUCGUGGUCGAGCCGGUGUCAUCCGCGACGUCGAAGAUGAUCGACGCGAUGUACGGCGGCAGCACCAGCGGCGUGAGGGUGGAGAGGGUGGCGAGGGGGAGCGGUUACGAAGACGGGGGAGCCGCGGCGGCGGUGGCGGCUGCGACGGCGGAGUUUGCGGCUAGGUCGGGGGGCCGGUCCGGCGGCGUGGGGGCGACGCCGGCCGGGGGUAACGUCGGAGAAGACGCGGGGGAUAACGUCGGCGACGCGCUGAACCUGCCGGAGCAGACGACGCGCGCCGUCGCCGUGGCCUUCGACUGGCUGAGACAGUUCGGCCUGGACGGCAUGCUCCUCCUGGCGCCCACGUUCCGCCCGAUGUCCGCCGCCGGCGAGAUGAACCUCGCGCCCAACGUGCUCCGGCAGCUCGAGAUGCUCCGAACUCGAGACGGCAAGCACCGCGGGUCCUUGUUGUGGCUCCUGGACGACGGCACGCGAACCGCCGCGGGAGCGAGGGCGAUCCGACGGUGGGUCUCGCACCCCCUGACGAACGGGGACGCCAUCCGGACGCGACUGGACGCCGUCGAGGAACUCCGGACCGAGGCCGACGCCGGGGGCGCGCUCGAGCCCGUGUUCGAGUCCCUCGCCAAGUACCACGGCGCCCGGGCGGGCGGAAAGGGCGGCGGGGACGUGGAGAGGUACCUGGGACGCAUCUUCCACGGCACCGCGACGCCCGCGGAGCUCGUCGCCGCUCUCUCCGCCGUCGGUGGGUUCGCGAAGGAAAUCGUCAGCGCCGGCGGCGACUCGUUGGGAAGGACUGGUUUGACGAGAGAGCUGCUCGCCGCCGCGUGCGAUCCCGCGGUGGUUCACACGUGCGACGAGCUGCUGUCCCGCGUGGACGUCGAGGCGGCGCGCGCGGGGAGGGCGACCGCGGCGACGGUGUUGCUCCCGGACCCGGUCAAAUUUCCGCAGUUGGAACGGACGAGGGAGGCGGUGGCGUCGGCGGAGAGGGCGCUGCAGGAUUUGCUCCCGGCGCUCCGCCAGAAGAUAAUCGACAACUCCAAGGGAGGCGGCAAACCCCAGGCGGGCGGCAAAGGCGGUCUGCAGCUGACCCCGAGGCUGACGUACACGUCGGUGAGGCAGGGGAGCAGCCAGGUUGAGCACCUCAUCGAGCUCCCGGAUACCCUCCCGGGAAUUCCCACAAACUGGAUCCGCGUGAGCACCAACAAGAGCAAGAAGGUGGUCAGGUACCACCCGCCCGAGGUACUCGACGCCGCCGCGACGCUCGAGCAAUCCAGGGAGCGUCACUCCGCCGCUUGCGCCGCGGCGUGGCGCGGGUUCCUCGCAGACGACGCCGCGGGCGCGUUUCUGGAGCUCAGGGCGGCGACGCGGGCGGCGGCGGGGCUCGACGCCCUCGCCUCACUCGCGUCCGUGGCUCGACUGGACGGGUACGUCAAGCCGACGCUUCUGCCGGAUGGCCACCCGCCGACGAUUCGAUUCGUGGACGGGCGGCACCCCACGCUGGAGGCUGUCCUCGAUCCCGGCUCCUUCGUCCCCAACUCGGUGGAUUUGCGCAACGACGCGGUUCGCGCGCUCGUCAUCACCGGUCCCAACAUGGGCGGCAAGUCCUGCUUCAUACGGCAGACGGCGCUGCUCGCGCUCAUGGCGCAGAUGGGCUCGUACGUUCCGGCUACCGUCGCGGAGCUCACCGUGCUCGACGGCGUGUACACCCGCAUGGGCGCGAGCGAUAACCUCGCGAUGGGAUCGUCCACGUUUCUCGAGGAGAUGUCCGAGUGUUCCUCCAUUCUGCGCUCGGCGACGGAAAAGUCGCUCGUGGUUCUGGACGAGCUCGGGCGGGGAACCAGCACGCACGACGGCGUCGCCGUGGCGCACGCUACGCUCGAUUACAUCAUCUCCGACUUGAAGCCCAUGUGUUUGUUCGUGACGCACUACCCGGACGUGGCCAGGGAUCUCGCUCGGAAACACCGGAAGCACUGCGACACGCAGUACCCCAGCUACGUGGAAGUGGACGAAAACGACGAAAACGGGGGUGCCGAAGGAGGUGCCGGCAGGAUCGAGUUUCUGUACCGGCUCACGCCCGGCGUCGCGCACAGGUCAUACGGCUUGAACGUGGCGAGGAUGGCGGGUGUUCCCGCCGACGUCGUCGCCGCCGCCGCGUCAAAGGCGAGGGAGAUGGAAGAGGCGGUGGCGGCCAGGGCGAUGGCCCGCGACGUCGCGAGGUUCGGGCCGGAAGAAGUGGAGAGGCGAUCGCGGGAGACGAUACGCCUCGCGGAGGAGGCGGCGGCGGCGAUGGACGCGGCGCUCGCCGCGGCGACGCCCGAGGAGGGAGCGGAGAUCAUCAGGAGGGCGCAGGCGAAGGUGCUCGCGGCGAUGGACGCGACGGACGCGAGCUGAGUGUGUGUGUGUUACGAUUGAUUUGCGGGGAAUCUUCGAUUUCAAAAGACGUUGAUACAAUUUCAC